GUUUUUAGCAAAAAAUAAAUGUAUAUUAUCAAAUAUUAAUAUUUUAUUUAUGUUUUGAAUAUAUAUAUUUAUUUUAAAUUUAUAUUUAUUUUUUUGAAAAAAUACAUAUAAAACAAAAUCAUUUUUUAUCUCGUAAAUCACUGCUCGUGUGUUGCAACUCAAACGGAAAUUACAACAUUAUUAUACGAUGAUGACUUCAUAAUCUCACCUUUCUGUUGCAGAUUUUACUCAGCAGACCGCUGAAUCUCAUUUUCGCCGGGUUUUUGUCGGAAUUGAGCGAUCAAUCAACAACUGGUAAGAUGGAUGCCUUGAUCGCCUCGUACGGCGACACGUCAUCCGACUCCGACACCGAGUCGGAUCCUCCUCGCCCGACCCGUGAACCUGAACCGACCCAUUCACCCACCCUUCUCCCUCCACCUCCAAUCUCUCUUCUCCAUGCCCCGAACACAUCAGGCAGUUCUGAUUUCUCGCUACAAAUAAACAAUCCCAAUCGAAUCCGUAGCUUCCCUCAUGUAGAGGGCAAUUUUGCUUUGCAUGUUUACAUCCCUGUCACUGUACCAUUGGCACAAAGAAAGGAGCUGGCCCUGUUUGUGAAAAGAGUGGCAUCUUUAGCACGGGACCUUCAUGCUGUCGAUGUAGACAUGCCCUUGAGUAAAUUACUUAAAGACGAGCAUAAAUUUGAGCAAGUUGUGUUGGGGAGGGAAUUUCAUGUGAGUUUGGGAAGAACUGUCCCAAUUCGGGUACAUCAACGAGACUCAGUGGUGGGUAUGCUCCGGCAGCGGCUGCAGGGUCAUAGGAGAUAUUGGAUUGAUUUUAACAAGUGGGAGGUUUUCGUCAAUGAUGAUCAUACGCGUACGUUUCUUUCGGUAGAAGUUACCUCCGGAGGCUUAGCUGAGAUAAAGAAGCAAAUUGAAGCUGUGAAUGAGGUUUACAGGCUUCACAGUCUUCCAGAAUUUUACAAAGAUCCUCGCCCACAUAUAUCUAUAGCUUGGGCAGUUGGUGAUAUAAGUGAUUCUUUGAAGAAGGUGAUUGGAGAGGAAAUGAAGAGACACAUUGCUAUCAGAGGUUUAUCGCAAAAGCGCAUCUUUACCUGCUUGUUUGGUGGUAUUUCAUGUAAAAUAGGUAGCAAGUCCUAUGAUAUAUGCAAAGUUCAGGAAGAAUAAGAUGUAUCAUUAUCUGUAUGUAGAUUGUGCGCCUUUGCUCAACAAUUUGAUGUAAUGCUAAUAUUAUGCCCUGAACUAUCAUUUAUUAGGAAAAACUACAACGAAAAAAAAAAGUUUAAGGCUUUGCAUAUCUGGAAGUGUUUCGCAAGUCGAUGCAAAUGCAUGUGUGAUUGAAUGAUUAAAACUCUUGUUUGGAUACUGCUCUCAAGGUACGGUCAAAAGUUCAAAACUA